CUUAUUAUUAAAUUCGCUUUUAUUCUCUUCCCUCGUUGAGCACGAAAGAGACGAAUUGAUCGAGGAAACGAAGACUACGAGGCCCUCGCCCUCGAUCGCUUCGCGACCAAUGGAGGAACCCGGGAGCUCCGGCGGCGGAGGCUCCGCCGUUUCGCACGAAUCUCUCAUCGGCGAAGGCGUGACGUCGGCGUCCACCGCCAUUGCCGCUCGCCUAGGCGACUACGCCGAGGUAUUCGGCGAUCUCGAAGGUUCGUGCUCCAUCCCCUUCCUCGACCUCCCAUCCGCCUUCGACGGCCUCGACGACGCCCUUUCUGAAACCCUCGCCUAUUCCGAGGUAUUCGGCCCUUCGUACGACGAGUCGUUUGCUGAACGAGAAGAGGCCUCUUCUUCGGAUCCAAGAGGAUUAGCCGCUUUUGGUUACUUGGUGAAAGGGAAUUGGGUGAGAAAUUGGAUGGCAUUGUUCUUUGACCUUUUAGGGCAAGCGAGAAAAACCACAGAGGAAUCAACUAGCAGCCAUCAGGCAAUGCUAGACUUAAAAUCUUCUCCCCUUCACAUUUUCAUGGGAAUCAUAUGACAAUUGCAUAUGAAGAAGGCGACUCAUCGUCAUCAUCGAACUCCAUCAUUUUCAAUAACCUCUCUACACAACCCAAUGUGUCAUAUAGUAAGGCUGGACAAGGAAUUAGAGACGGCACUUCAAGUGAAAGAAUACAUAUAACCCAAAUUCUUACCACUUCCGCAUCAAGUCUUGUGAUCGGCGGAACUGCAGAUGGUCCGCAUACUACUUUGAAUGAUAGUUUGUAUAACGUGAAACACCAACAGAAGUUGCCGACAUCCUCUUCUACUACAUCAAAGACUUCAGAGAAUUACUCAAAAGCUGAUCAGAAACACUCCGUCAGUAGGCAUUCUGUUGUCAAAAACAAUUGCGUGAAUGCAAACUAUUCUUCCAGUUCUUCUAGUAGUUUCACAUUAAGUGGGGAUUUGUCAUCCUCUGAUACUACGGAUAUGACUGUGUCUAGUGUUAGUCUUCGCCGACAACCCACUCAAGUGCCACUUACAACACCAUCAGGUUCGAAGGUUGGCUUUGACGAAAUCAUCAAUAUGUCUGCCACCGAGGCAUCGGAUGCUCUAGUAAAAGCCAUGGAAUUUGCACAAGCUAGACUAAAGAUUGCAAAAAACUCGUUGGAGAAACGGCAUCAAAAUCCUCAGAAGAACAAGAAGUUAGGGCAAUAGCCAUGUGCAAAACGUAAAAGCAUCAUUUCUGGGGUAGGAAUGAAAUACAAGUUUCUUCCAUGAAGAAACAAUGUGAGAAAGGGCAUGGGAAGGGACCCUCUGAAGACACUGCAAGGAGAGAAACACAACGUCGAUGGCAAGCUGCGACCUCGAGGAAAACUACCGGAGGUACUGGGUGCUCCUAAGUGAUGCAAAAUGCUGUUCGAGAAGUUUUAUGGCAGAAUUGCAAACUCAUGAUCCUUAGGAAAUAUAAUUAACAAAGGAAGCCAAACAAGUCGAGAAAGAUGACGAGCCAAGGAAGAGAGAAAAAGAAGAGUGGCCAGGAAGGAAGAAUUUCCUUUGUUUUGUGAAUAUUAAGGGAAGAAGGAAAAAAGUCACAGGUCUUUUGUAUAUAACAAGUAUCUAGUCCUCAAAUAAUAAUAAUAAUUACUCAAUGAAGAAAUGAAGUAUUUGCUUUGUA